AUGAAGCCGCCAGAUCUUUCAUUCACAGUGCGUCGGCGUCAUCCAGAGCUGGUCGGUCCGGCGAAGGCGACGCCACAUGAGGUGAAGUUUUUGUCGGACAUCGACGACCAAGGUAUGCUUCUUCGAUUCCAAAUGCCGUUGAUCCAGUUGUAUCGUGGCAAUCCUUCGAUGAGAGGAAAAGAUCCCGUUGAGGUUAUCAGAAAAGCUUUAGCCGACACUCUGGUGUUCUACUAUCCCUUCGCCGGCAGGCUCCGGGACGGGCCUAACCGGAAGCUCAUGGUGGACUGUAAUGGCGACGGCGUCAUUUUCAUUGAGGCCGAUGCCGAUGUUACUCUAGAGGAAUUUGGUGAUCUUCAUCCUCCUUUUCCGUGUUUAGAAGAGCUUCUUUACAAUGUCCCAGGAACUUCAGAUAUUCUUAACACUCCACUUCUCCUUAUUCAGGUAACGCGCCUGGAAUGUGGUGGUUUUAUUUUCGCUUUGCGCUUGAAUCACACCAUGAGUGAUGCUAUUGGAAUCGUUCAAUUUAUGAGCGCGUUAGGCGAAAUCGCUCGCGGUGCGCCUAAGCCUUUAACUCUACCAAUCUGGCACAGGGAGCUUCUAAACGCAAGAGACCCACCACAUGUAACUUGCAAGCAUGGUGAAUAUGAAUAUGAAGAAGAAGCCCCAGAUAUCAAACAAACCAUCGUUUCCUUAACCAACAUGGUUCAACGUUCUUUCUUCUUGGGACCUAAUGAAGUUGCUUCCAUUAGCGAUCAAAUCCCUUAUCAUCUUCGUUAUUCUUCUUCUAGUUUUGAAAUCAUCACUGCAUUCUUAUGGCGAUGUCGUACAAUUGCUCUGCAAUUUGAUGAUGAUGAGAAAGUUCGAAUGGUAUGUGCGGUGAAUGCUCGUGCCAAGUUCAACCCUCCUUUGCUGGACGGUUACUAUGGAAAUGCCGUCGCCUUUCUGAUGGCCGUGACCACCGCCGGGAAACUACGAAGGAAUUCGUUGGGAUAUGCUUUAGAGUUGGUGAAGAAAAUGAAAGGUGAAGUGAGUGAGGAGUAUAUGCACUCUUUGGCAGAUUUCAUGGCAACUAAGGGACGACGUUGUUUCAAGAUCAAAGGGUUUUGCAAUGUGUCAGACGUGAGGCGAGCUGGAUUCAAUGACGUCGAUUUUGGGUGGGGAAAGGCGGUGUAUGGUGGUUCGGCAAAGGUAGACGAAGUAGGAAUCAUGUAUCUACCUUAUAAGAAUGCUCAAGGACAAGAAGGUCUAAUAAUAAUUUCAUGUUUACCUAGUGACGCCAUGGAGAGAUUUGUGAAAGAGUGGGAUAGAAUACUCAAAACUAGAUUGAUCACUUCUUCCUUAUAA